AUGGCAUACAUCUCUGAAGCUCUCGAUUCUCGGAAAAACACCGGUUAUACCAGCAAAGUCCGCGUUCGGGAUCGCUAUCAUGUCGUAGGAUUCAUUAGCAGUGGAACCUAUGGAAGGGUGUACAAGGCUGUAGGCAAAAAUGGCAAGAAGGGAGAAUUUGCGAUCAAAAAGUUCAAACCGGACAAGGAAGGCGAAUCCAUCCAAUACACUGGCUUGUCACAGUCCGCCAUUCGAGAGAUGUCUCUCUGCACUGAAUUAUCUCAUGCAAAUGUCGUCCAAUUGGAGGAGAUCAUCCUAGAGGACAAAUGCAUCUUUAUGGUGUUUGAAUAUACGGAGCAUGACUUGCUGCAGAUUAUUCACCACCACACCCAACCACAACGACACGCUAUUCAAGCCCACAUGGUUCGGUCUAUAUUAUUCCAGCUCCUCAACGGCUUAUUAUACCUUCAUACCAACUGGGUUCUGCACCGAGAUCUCAAACCAGCCAAUAUCCUCGUCACCUCCAGCGGCGCCAUCCGUAUUGGCGAUCUUGGCCUAGCCCGACUAUUUUAUAAACCUCUCAACUCCCUUUUCUCCGGCGAUAAAGUCGUUGUCACAAUAUGGUACCGAGCUCCCGAGCUUCUACUUGGAAGUCGACACUAUACCCCCGCCGUCGACAUGUGGGCUUUGGGUUGCAUUUUCGCCGAGCUCCUUUCCCUGCGCCCGAUAUUCAAAGGCGAAGAAGCCAAAAUGGACAGUAAAAAGACUGUUCCGUUCCAGCGGAACCAAAUGAUGAAAAUUGUCGAGAUCCUCGGCCUCCCCCGCAAAGAAACAUGGCCUGGCCUUGUCUCCAUGCCGGAAUACACACAGCUGCAAACUCUUGUGAUGCACAGACAGCCUAACCAUUACCACCGGGGCCCUAAUCUCGAAGGCUGGUACCAGAGCUGCCUGAAGAAUGGCGGGUAUUCUGCCACAUCAAGCGUUGGCACACCUGGUGCAGACGGAUUUGAUUUACUGUCGAGGAUGUUAGAGUAUGAUCCCACGAAGCGUAUAACUGCUCAAGAGGCAUUGGAACAUCCGUAUUUUGCGAAUGGCGGUCCCAUUAGCGCAAAUUGCUUCGAGGGCAUUGAGAGCAAGUAUCCCCAUCGCCGGGUUACUCAGGAAGAUAAUGAUAUUCGUACUGGAAGUCUUUCUGGUACGAAGCGCAGUGGCUUGCCAGAUGAUUCACUGAUGAGAGCUUCGAAACGUCUCAAGGAAUGA